CAGAGGUUUCUAAGGCUAUAGUGCUUAUAUACUGUUAACAUGCAAAGUGUCAUGCGUGGCCAUGACCAAGAUGAUAGCAAAGGUGAACGUCAACCUCUACUGGAAACUGCAGACAAAGAGGUUACUUUUCGAGGUGCAGCAGAGGAACAUGGAGUUGACAUAGAAAUGCCGUUGCCAAGUUUAUACUCCUCCAUCCACUAUCACUCUGCUCCCUCUCUACAGAAUGAUGUGAUUAUCGCAACUGAUGCGCUCUAUGCCAACGCAACAAGCAGUCAUGGCUAUCGUCGCGUCUGCAGCAAUAAUCUGUCGGGCAUCAAUUCCGCCUCCAUCCACCAUUUGAUGUAUGACACAACGUCCAGGGCUGCGUACAGGAGUCAAUCGGAUCUGAGUUUUGCUCAGACUAUCCCUACCAACGAGCACACACCCUGCCUGUUGACACAAGCCACUGCCUCACAACGAAGGCUACUGGAGACCGCCUACAGCAUGGACGAAUCCCAUCCCACGCACCAGCAAUGUACAGCGCGAAAGUUGGCAAGGGAACGCAAAGCAAAGGCAUUGCACGUGCGACGUGUGCAGAGUGAGGCGAGCAAUGGCAGCGAAAUUGUGGACGAUGCAGCGGCUUCCCCUGAUGAAACCGGGCUCUUGCUGUGGGGUCAAAAUUGCGACAACCCAAGUUCGAGUCCGUUGCUAGAAGACGGCUGGAGAAUCGACAUAGAGGCCAUUUCGCGCAAGCUGGUAGAUACAGAGACCAAAGAGUUUGGCUUAUUGAGCCGGAACGUGCGGUCAUUCUACAAUACGCAAAAUGAGCUGAUACAAGAAUUGUUGGAUGCCGAAGAAAAGUUUGGAACAAAAAGAAAUCGGAACAUGUCGAAGGCCAUAGAGACUAUGGAAACCCGAAAUGGCAUGGCGACCAUGCUUUCCAAUGUUGUGAACGUAAUUCUGACACUGGCAAAGCUUGUCCUGUCCUACAUGACAGGAUCCAUGUCCAUUGUGUCGUCGCUGGUCGACUCGGUAGUGGACUUGUUCACUGGACUUGCGCUUUGGCUAGCGUCCCAUCACGUCUCUAAUCAUAACCCAUACAAAUACCCUAUAGGCCGCGAACAACUGGAGCCCAUCGCCGUAGUAGUGUCCGCAGUGGUAAUGGUGUCGGCUUCGUUACAAGUCAUCUGGGAAUCCGGUAAACGACUGAUAGGGGACGACAUAUCGAUAGACUUGUCCUUGACCGCGUGGAUCAUUAUGGGAUUGACGAUAUCCUCUAAAGGUGUACUUUACAUGUAUUGCCGUAAUAUAGCUACUCCGACUGGACAGGCUCUGGCCCAGGAUCAUUUCAAUGAUGUUGUUUCAAACACAGGAGCAAUGCUGUUCGCCGUUCUAGCGGAACGGCUUUGGCUCCCAUUGGAUCCCAUUGGUGCGAUAUUGAUUGCCAUAUACAUCAUGUACAGUUGGAUGAAGACGGGUUAUGAAGAAAUACAAGGUUUGAGUGGAAUAGCGGCGGAGCCCGAUACGAUAAAGGUCCUGACAUACAUAGCUUUCAAUCAUCACGCGGAUAUCAUAGCCGUGGAAACUGUUUCGGCCUAUCAUUUCGGCACUAAAAUGAUUGCAGAGGUGGAUAUUGUAUUGUGCCCGUUCACGCCGCUGCCAAUUGCCCACGAUAUAGCUGAGACGCUACAAAUGAAGUACGAAAGUUGGGGCAAUAUCGAGCGUGCUUUCGUACACAUUGACUUCGAGAUUGUACAUGAGAGGAGCAUGGAACAUCAGCGGCACUUGUAGCGAAUGUCGGUAGCGUUACUCAUAGUUUUCGUUCUUGGAUUUAUAUACUGUUAACCUGUGUUAAGCCUUUUAUAGAGCAUGUGAGGCUGAACAGACUACAAUAAAAUUAGAGAAGUGUUCGCUACUCGAAAUACGCC